CUGUGAUAGAUUGCUUGCACUGUGCUCUGUCGACGUGAUCUUGCCCGCUGCUGAGAUGCUCUUGUUCCCAGCCUCGCCAUCAGCUUACCGUUGCCAUGGACAUACCGUAAUGGACAUGCACCGUGGUCCUGCACGGCUCUCCUCCACCAGCCGACACCCGGACUCCGGCUGCUCGCCCAAUCAGCGCGUGACUUGUCCGCCCCGGAAGAGUCCCCAGACGGGCAAUACAAGUAACCAAGAGGCUGCUGCAACAGCACAUGACGCUGACAGAGGCACGAUUGUGCCGGCGUGGUGUUGCACCAGUUGAGGGAGAGAGGGGGGACAAGACCCAGCGCUCGCUCCCUACCCGCGAGCGCAACACCAGCGUCAACAAACACCAGGGUGCUCAACAACACCACCACCUACGUCAGAGCAGCAUGCAGCUAGUCGCGAGCCUCCUUCCGAAGCUACCGAACGCGCACACGGGGCAAGCGACCAAUACAGGGUUCCGGUGCCUUAGAGGGGUGGGCAUGCGAGCGGUGCGGUGCGGGCCGCUGCAUGUACCUUUCACAUGUCAACGGCAUCGUAAGAUUUUUCCCGGCCUACCCCAGGUUUUGGGCCUCGCGACACCAGCCGCCGCUUGCUGCAUGUCGACUGUGCGCCGGGCGGUUCGUGAGCUUAUUUCGACGUCUGCGGGCUCUUUAGUGACGGGUUUGAGGGCGUCUUUCGUCGUGGCCUGGUGGAGGGUUGCGUACUGGCUGAGUGCGCUCACUCUGUCAGUUGCGAGUCUGCUGUUCGUGGAGUGCGAUGGCUGUGCAAAGGAGCAUCGAGUUUACCUUUGCGAGCUCUUGUUCAUCGAGUGCAGCACCAUCCCACCCCGUCUCCCCAUCGCCUGUUGAAAGACAAAGCGCCAAGUCGAGCCCUGACUGCUGGCGUUUGGCAUGUGAAAGUGGCCCCAGCACGGCCGGUUCCACCCUGACUCUGCCAGCGCGAGCGAGACGUGCAGCUUGCCUGUGCUCAAGUCAGAGAGCCAUCGACUCCGUGUAGUCAUGAACGUGCCCACGAUCACUGAAAACCGCCCGUUGUGCUUCUUCUCACCCAGCUUGACCCGCUCGCGUGGUACUUGUACUGUAAG